AAUGAAGAUAUUUGACGGGAUAAUACUAUUCUCCUUAUUAGUUCAGAUUUAUUCAACUCAGGUAAACCCGUAUAACAUUUAUAAUUGUCUUGAAGAUCAAACUGGAGCUGCUAAUAUCAAAUGCGAAAUUUGCUCUGCUGGAAAAAUUCCUUCUGCCGAUAAACUCGGCUGCUACGAUUGUCCAUCGCUUUGUAAGGUUGGAAAAUGCGUUAUAAGCAACAAUUCUACUAAAUGUACAUCCUGUAUUGAUGGCUAUACAUUAAAUUUACAGAAAACAUGUAUAGCUUGUGGUUCAAAUUGUAAAUCUUGUACUCUAUUGGAGGAUGGCAAUAUAGAUUGUACAACUUGUUUUUCAAAUAGUUAUAAGGAAAUUUCAAAUUCAAUUUCUCAAUGUAAAUUAUGCUCUUCUUCCCUUACUGGAUGUAAGGCUUGCUCUGAUCAAAAUACUUGUAAUCAAUGUCUAUCUGGCUAUACUCUAUCAGACAGCAAAUGUAUAUCAUGCGCUAAUAUUCAUCACGCUUGUAUUGACUGCGAUGAAAAGAAUCAAUGCGUAAAGUGUAAAACAGGCUUCGUAUUAAAAGACAAUCUGUGUAUAGAUUGCCCUCGAAAUUGUGAUUCGUGCGAAUUUGAAGAAAACUUUGUCAAAUGUAACAAAUGUAAAGCCUAUCAUACUAACGUAGGUAAAGUGAACUGCAAUAAUUGCCCUGAUAAUUGUCUGGAAUGCGAACUUAUCAAUGGAAAUCUCGUAUGUAAAGAUGAUAAAUGUCUACCCAAAUAUGGUUUAACCGAAACUGGUUCUUGCAAUAAAUGCCCGGAUAAUUGUCUCUCUUGCUCGUGGAAUAGAGUUAAUUCAAGAUUAGAGUGUAAUGGUAAUAGUAUUAUACAUUCUUGCAUUGAAAAUGAACAAGGUAAAUCGUGGGCUAGAAAAACUGAUGGAAGUUGUGUAGCUUGUCCAGAAAAUUGUCUUAAGUGUUAUUUCAAGACUGAUCAGUCUUCUUCUCCUAUUUGCUAUCCUUCUAAAUGUAACAUAAAAUAUGGAUUUGACGAUUCAACCUCAACUUGCUUUUCGUGUCCGUCGGGAUGCGAUUAUUGUAAGAAGGUAUCAACUGGAAAUAUCUGUCUUAAAUGCAGCUUUGGAUACGCUCCUAAAUACAAUGUCGGUAGCUCUACAAUUGAAUCGUGCAAAUCAUGCUCAGCAGUAAAUAAUUGUGAUUAUUGCGAAGUUAUUAACAACAUAGUUAAGUGUUUAAGAUCACCUUGCGCUUCAAAAUCAUCGGGACAAAAUAGAAAGUUUUCUUUCAAUACAAAACAAUGUUCUGACAGUUGUCCUUCUGAUUCGGGAUGCAAAACUCAACAAAGUAUUGUAGACGAAGGAGACUAUUGCUAUUGUAGAGAUUGUCCACUUGGUUCGGCUGUUAUUCUAUCAGGACAGAAUAGUGGCGUUUGUAAAUCUUGCGGUAUAGAUUGUAUUGAUUGUCAAUUGACCGCCGAUAAGACAGACGUUCAAUGUAAAACUUGCAGAGGAACAAAACAAUAUAUUGCAGUUUUUGAUGGUUCAAAUACAAUUUUUGGAUGUUAUGAUUGUACGAAUGUUAGACAAUAUUGCCAUACACUAGACAUUUCAAGUGGAUCUUGUAAAUGUAAAAGCGACUCUUGCAUUGGUGAUUCAUCUAAUCCUACAAAGAAAACAGUCAUAUACGAUUCUACUUCUGGAGUUUGUAAAAGCUGUAGAGAAGUUGAUCCUAAUGGCCUAUGGUGCUCGGGAAAUUUCAAUUCAUUCACUUUGGAUACUUGUAUGGGUGGAUACAAAAAGAUAACUUCGCCAAGUCUUGUUUGUAGACAAAUUCCUAAUGGUUGCGCUAAAUCUACUACAAAUAUUCCUGUUGGUGAAACUUAUGUUCAAUGUGAAAUUUGUGGCCCUGGAUACUAUUUAGAUCCAUCGACAAAGAAAUGCCCCUCGUGUAGUUCGGGUUCAGGAAUUUCAGCGUGCGAAGAGUGCUUCUUAAAAACGUCGCCAAGCUCGCAAGUUGUUUGUACUAAAUGCAGUAAUACUUCUCCGGGUGUUGGUUACAAUUGUAAUACUCCUUGUACAAGUUCAGUUGCUAAUUGUGAAAAUGGUAAAUCUUGGGCACAAGAUAAUACUGGCUCAAAUUGCGGAUGUACUUCUUGUCUUUCUACUCAUUCCAAUACAGGCGGUGUACUUGCAACAAAUAAUGCUUAUUCUGAGUCGUGUCUUUCAACUCUGAAUACUCCUACUGUACCGAAUUGCGCUACGUAUUACGGCAAUCCUGUAACUGGAUGUAGCAAAUGUUCGGAUGGAUAUGCUUUUGCCAGCCUUGCCAAUGGAUGCGUAGGUGACCCCGGUUAUUCAAGUUCUUGUAAAAGUGGAUAUCUUUAUUUUACGUCGGGAACCGACGUUGCCUGUGAAGUACCUUCUGAAAAUUAUAUGACAAAUCCUGUCAGUAAUUUACAGCCAAUUCUAGUUGAUCCUGCGGAUAGAGCACCAACAAACGUUCCGUGCCUUUUAUAUUUGGGUUUAGGUGGUAGCACGUCAUCAGAUGCAAGGUGUGCUCAGUGUCCAUCAGGUUCGAUUCUCUCUACAAUUGCUGGAAAUCUAAUUACUAAAUAUACGUGCCAAACUUGUCCUUCCUUGUCAAAUUGUGAGCUCGUUGCGUCACAUAGCGGAAAUUGUAGAUGUGGUGCGUGUGGAUCCAGUCCAGCUGGUAGUGUCAAAUUAAUAUUACCGGAUAACAGUAACUGUAAAACUUGUGCAGUUAUAUCCAGUUGUUUAACGCAUUCCCUCCGUCUAAAGGACGGCAAUUACGAAUGUGUUUGCUCACAAUGCAUAUUCGGAAAGCAUUUAUCAAAAGAUUUCCUAUCUUGCAUUGAUUGUUCUUCAAUCACUUGUACUGGAGGAACUGUACAAUUAUCUAAUGAUAAUUGUAUUUGUUCAUGUUCAAGUGGCAAACUUUUGAAUAGAAAUAAUGAUGGCUGUAUCUCUUGUUCAAAUUCAGAAUUCACUGAUUGCGUGCCAAAUAGCUUUCUAUUGAAACAAGAUGACUCUUGCGAUUGUUCCACUUGUCCACCAUAUAGUAUUAAGAAUAGAGCCAACAAUAAAUGUCUAAAUUGCGCCGAACAAACCACAGGAUUUGUAGGGAAUUGCUCAGUUUGCACAGAAAGUACAUCAACACCUGAUUCUAUUGACGUUUGUAACGAAUGUCAGGAUGGUUUUUCGUUAAAUAAAACCUCAAACACAGACAAAGGUAAUUGUGUCGCUUGUGAUAAUGGAUGCAAAACAUGCAAUAUCGAUUCAUCUGGAUCUACUGCAAAUAAAUGUACUAAAUGCAAUGCUGGUUUUGCGUUGAACAAUGCCGGCACUUGUCUCCAAUGUCCAGAAAAUUGUGGAGAGUGUAGAGUUGAUACGAACAAUAACUUGAAAACUUUAUGUUUACAAUUUGCCUGCUCAACUGGUGGACUUGUUGACAAAGAUUUUACAUGUGGAUCUUGUCCUGCAAAUUGCGCCAAAUGUGUUAAAGAUAUAUCCAACAAUGUAAAAUGUCUAAUAUGUAAUGAUGCUACUUAUUUAGAUUCGGAUGGAUCAUGCAAAAGUUGCAUUAAUGACUGUUCAUUCUGUAUUGAUGGUGUAAGUUGUUUACCGAACGGUUGUAAAGAUGGGUUUAUCAGACAUAGAACACAGGGAAUUUGUAUACAAUGCUCUGGAGCUGGAGUUUCAAGAUGCGUUUAUCAGACUAUUCAAGAUGAUAUUUUGAUUCCAAAAACGUGUAAAGAAGGCUUCAAAUUUAAUGCAAAUUUAAAUCCAGAUGCAUGCGAAGAAUGCGCUACAAACUGCAAAAAAUGCGAUUCAUCGGGAAAGGGAAAUUGCGAUCCGAAUGAAUGCCGAGCUGGAUACUUUUACGAUUCAACAACUAGAAAGUGUUAUAAAGUUAAAGAAGGGUGUCUUACAUCUGCAAGAUCUACUAACGAAACAAUAUGCCAAUCGUGUGACAAGUCCAUUUCAGUGUUUAGUUCUGGACUGUGCAAAACGUGUCCUGAGGGUUGCGAUGAAUGUUUCGUUUCUUCGGAACAGACGAUUUUGUGUAGAUGGUGCAAAAAGCAGUAUUAUAGAUUAGAUAGCGGUCUUUGCUCUUCAUGUCCAGAGGGAUGUAAAGAAUGCUUUAUAUCUGGUGGUAACGUAAAGUGUUCAUCAUGUUUGAAUGAAUACGCUUUGAAUGGGCAAUUUUGCACCAAAUGUGUGGAAAGCAACUGUAACAAUUGCGAAAUGGAUGGGAAUUCUCCUGUUUGUAAAGAGUGCUUUAGUAAAUUCUAUUUGAAUAAUGAACAAUGCGGAGAAUGUCCAAAAUUUUGUAGCGAAUGCUCCUACGAUAAUAAGUAUGUGUGUAACAAAUGCAUUAAGAAGUAUGCUAGAGAUUCUAAUGGUAUUUGCGUUGCUUGCCCAUCAUCAUGCGAAGAGUGUAGCGUUGAUGCUAACGAUGUAGCUAAAUGCUCAAAAUGCGAUUCUAAUGCAUUCUCUCUUCAACAAAAUGGUACUUGUAUAUCCUGCAAGGAGGCUACCUUUUCUACGUGCGCUACGUGCGGUCCAGCAAUUAAUGGUAGUAAAGUGGAAUGUUUGACUUGCGAUAAAGGAUACGGUCUUCAAGAUGAUAAAUUAGCUUGUCUACCAUGUUCAAUAUCAAAUUGCGAUCUUUGCUCUCACGGUCGGCGAUGUUCAAAAUGCAAAGCAGGUUUCUAUCUUCAUAAUUAUGAUAGAGAAUGCGCAAAAAAAUGCUACGAAUGUAAAGGAAGUCUAGAUGACUGCGGAACAAAUGACCGUCAUAUUCUUGAUGACGAAAGUAAAGUUAAAUUAAUUGACUGCGGUACUACAGAUUGUUGGGUUCAUCGGAGAGAAGUUAAAGGCGUUAUAACAUUCGAAAGAAGCUGUUCACACGAAGUUUGUACAGCAGAUGCAUUGAACGAAAUUUGCUCGUCGAAUAGCGAUAGUAGAGAAUGUAAAAAGUGUUGCAAAACGACGAAAUGCAAUUCUUGGUUUUUAGACGGUAAAGCCGGUGUUAAUAGGCUUAACCAAUCCUAUUUAACUUUAAUAUUGUCUAUUAUUUUCAAAUUAAUAACCUCAUUUAAGUGA